UCUGUUUACGAUAGUAUAGCAUGUACUGUAAUUUGUAAUUAUUAUAGCUUCUGGUUGAUAAAGUUUUAAAGUUAUUCAUGAUUUUUGUGUUACUUUUUAUCUUCUUUUCCCGUGGAUUUCGUCUAGUGCGCGAAAGCUGGCCGGAACACCACAUUUAUAAAAAAAACGUGUUUUUUUUUUUUCAAAAAAUAAAAAGGUUUACUGGUUACUGAUUAUUUUUGAGAUCCUUUUUUGGACUGGAUUGGAGAUUUGGUUGAUGGUGGAAUUUUGGUGGUGUUACAUUUAUCAGCUGGCGAUGAUCUGAAAAUUGUCAAAUAAAGGGGGAAGGAAAAUGGAUGGGGUAAAGAAAAGGAAGCUGGUGAAGAAACGAUUUUUUGUAUGUAUGAUGGUGAUCAUGAAUGACUGACUACUCAAAUAAUAGUUGUGCUGUAUGAUAUAAGAUUUUAGGGGAGAUUGAUGAUCGUUUCGCGGUGAUUAGAUAUGUAAAAUUCAGUCUAUUGUGGAUUCUGAAGCUUCCUCUGUAAAUCUGUGGCCUACAAAAGAUAGUCAUGAAGAUUAUGGGGAUUUCAAUUUGUUGAAGGUGAUUAGAGGAUAGGGACACAUGUAGAGGGAAAAGCUAGAGAAAUUUAGAUUGCAUAAUGGGAGUUCUGCUACAAUCUUCGGGCUCUAAGGAGGUUGAUUUCUGAGAUGGUCACUCAACUAAAUUAUUAUUAUCUUAAAAAGGCACUUUCUUUGUUGAAAAAAAUUGGAAUCAAGAAGAAAGAUGUACUUUUGAGUUAUUAGUUGAGUGACCAUCUGUGAAAUCAACCUGGCUAUUAGGAUGUGGACCGAGUAGGAUUAAGAAGUACUUUUCUCAUCUUUUGAGCUAAGAUCAACUGCUGGGUUGUGUAGGAAGGUGAAAACUUCUUCAGCAUCGUGGCCCAGUUUGGGGGGUCUCCUUUUUGUCUAUCUUGAAGAUCUUUUAAGCAAUAAAAAGUUCUCUUUCUCCUCGAUGAUUCUUGGUUCACCACCUAUCGUGUGACCAUAUAUAGUGCUGGAUCAUGUGAUACAGAUCAAAGUCAACGAGGGGAGCAGUGCCAUGAAAGAACACAGCAUCCAACUGAAACAACAUAUUUUGAACCUAGCUUUAAUAGAAGAAUUGUUUGAGGAAAUUCUCUUUGAUUCCGCGUUAGUUUAACAAGACCUACUGCCCUUGAAAAUAAGUAUCUGAUUUGAAUGCUUUGAUUAUUAAUCUGAUAAAGAAAUCAUGUCUUUUAGCCUAGAGGAUACUAUAUGAGGUUGCGAUUGUAACUUCCAGGGAAAAGUAGUUGAAAUCUGCAAGCUAUGACCGUAAAAUAGAGGAAAUUGAGGACUGUGAGAAAUGAGUCAAUCUGCUUUGUGUGCAACGGUGGAUUUAAUAUAAUGUUUCGGAAAUUAGUGAAUAGAGCCAGUUUCAUUACGUUCUAUUGCAUUACAUGGUUUACUGUGGUUCUUUUCUACAGUUUCAAUUGAAGACAUAUAUGCACACUUGUAGGCAUAGGUUUGCUUCUCCAUCUUUCUGAUAUGUACCCAGCUUUUGGGAUUAGAAACGGCCUAUGGAAGUGAGGUUGUUUAUGAAAUUUUGGAAGUUGUGAGACUGGAUGAUGGGUUAAUGGAGAUCGGAGCAUAGUAGUUUUGAUCGAGUCAGUGGAGAGAAGAUUUGGAUUUUUCCUUGGAACUAAACUACUUUGACAAUAUAGCGGUUCUCUGAAUGUUGUAGACCUUUUCCUAUUCCCCUAAUCAUUCUUGAUAUCCCACAUAGCUAUAAUUGGUUAUUGUCUUGAAGCCAUAUUUAUAGUCUGAAUCAGUGCUGAAAGUUCGUGGGAUCUUCUUCUCUCUUGUGGGUGUUAGUAAACUCUAGUCCCUGUGGUUGUGCAUUUAGGCAGCUUUUCAACUGAGAACUUGGUGCUCUGCUUUUGCAUCAAGCAUUCUUUCUACGACUAAAGGUCUCUAUGCUGCUAGAGAAUUAGAACUGAAAUACCAGCAAAAGUUUAGAGUCAACUUAUCCUUCUACACUUGCCAUUCUUGUUCAGGAUGCUUGCCUUUUACUUUGCAGAUUCAUGUCUAACUAAGAGAAGAUGGGGAAGCUGCUGGAGUCUAUACUGGUGUUUUGGUUCUCACAAGCACAGCAAAAGAAUUGGUCAUGCCGUCCUUGUUCCUGAACCUGCAGCAGCACCUGGACCUGUUGUUCAAGUUACUGAAAAUCCAAACCACUCAGCCACCAUUGUAAUUCCCUUUAUAGCUCCUCCCUCUUCUCCUGCAUCCUUUCUUCCGUCUGAUCCUCCUUCUGCCACCCAGUCACCCGCUGGAUUACUCUCUCUCAAAUCCCUCUCUAUCAAUGCAUAUUCUCCUAAUGGGACUGCGUCUAUUUUUGCAAUUGGUCCUUAUGCUCAUGAAACACAGUUAGUUUCCCCACCUGUUUUUUCUACAUUCACUACUGAACCAUCUACUGCUAAUUUUACUCCCCCACCUGAGCCGGUGCAUAUGACCACUCCGCCUUCACCAGAAGUGCCUUUUGCGCAGCUUUUGACAUCAUCACUGGCCCGCAACAGAAGAUAUAGUGGGUCCAAUUAUAAGUUCCCCUUGUCCCAGUAUGAGUUUGUGCCUUAUCAAGAUCCAGGAAGUCCAGGAAGUAAUCUAAUAUCUCCAGGUUCAGUAAUAUCAAAUUCUGGCACCUCCUCGCCUUUCCCUGGGAAAUGCCCUAUAAUUGAGUUCCGUAAGGGGGAGCCUCCAAGAUUUCUUGGUUAUGAACAUUUCUCCACUCGAAAAUGGGGUUCAAGGCUUGGCUCGGGAUCAUUGACACCAAGUGGCUGGGGCUCUAGACUGGGCUCGGGAACUCUGACCCCGAACGGUGGGAUUUCCAGGCUUGGUUCUGGUACUGUGACUCCAAACGGUGGGGAACCUCCUUCCCGAGAUAGUUACCUUUUGGAGAACCAAAUUUCCGAGGUAGCAUCUCUUGCCAAUUCUGAUAAUGGAUCUGAACUUGAGGAAGCUGUAAUUGAUCACAGAGUUUCAUUUGAACUAACUGGAGAAGACGUCCCAAGUUGUAGAGAAAAGGAGCCCGUCAUGUCACAUUCGCAAGAGACUCUGUCAAUGGAUGUCUCCAAUUUGUUAACCAAUGAAACGAACAGUGGAAGCUUUAUGGUCGAAGAAAAAACAUAUGGAUUGCCUAGGAAAGCUUCAGAAAGUGGGGAAGAUCAAUGUCAUCGAAAGCACCGGAAUAUUACAUUUGGUUCAAGCAAAGAUUUUGAUUUUGACAAUGUGAAAAUAGAAGUCUUGGAGAAGGAUAGUGUUGACUGUGAGUGGUGGACAAGUGACAAGGCUGCUGGGAAGGAAUCAGGUAUUCAGAACAACUGGACUUUCUUUCCUGUAUUGCAGCCAGGAGUCAGCUAAUGCUCGAGACUAAAGGUUUUAUGUUGGAAUCAAUGUUAAACGCACCGAUGUUACUUCUUCUGGUAAUGUUAAGCUAGCUCGGAAUGCAAUUUUGAGGCAUAGAUAUCUAAUUGCAAACAUAGUUUUAAACCUGAAGUUGGACGGAGUUGUUACACAUCAUGCAGCAGUGCAGUAGUUGGUGUUUAAUUUGGUGCUCAGAUACUCACCUGAAAAUAUUCCUUUGAAUAAAGGACUUCUGUAUACACCAUAGAAUAUGUUUGAAAAAGAGAUGUAAAUGAUUUCUCCUUAAAAAUCAGAAUUUUUCACUUUCACUUGUUUAUGGUAUCAAAGUUACUGGA